GGGUCGCGCAGGGGUUGGGGAGAGAGGAGCGGUGGCCGCGGGGCCUCGGCCCUUCCCUGGGGCGGGGCGUGAGCGCCACCCCGCCCCUUCUUUCCCCCUUUUUCUGCACCCCUCCCCCGCCCUUUUCCACCCGCCCCCGCAGAAGGAAAGGGAGAGGGAGGGCGAAAGGAAAGUCUGUUCUGUGGCAAGGGGCGGAAGGAGGGGGAGAAAAGGAAAACGGGAACAGAAACAUGGCGGUCUGCUCUUGGGACGACCGCGGUGCAGGCAGCUUCUAGGCGACCCGCCGGCCGCACUGCCCUACGGCACAGAACGCCGAGGCGCCGGUGCUAACCAGCUCUCCCGCGGUUACCCCCGGCUGCAGGCGGCGCCCCUCCAAAACUCAGCCGGCGAGGCGGCGCAGGCGCAGACCGGGGCGAGGCGGCUGCCGCUGGAGCUAGUCUCCCGCCCUGCCCUGCCUAGCGCGCUCAGGCCGCGAAGCCGGUGCUUUCAUGCUCCAGGAAGAAGCCGUGUCGGGGUAGCGCUGACUGAGGAGCGGGCGGCAGAUGGAGUCUUGCUCUGUCACCCAGGUUGGAGUGCAGUGGUGCGAUCUCAGUUCACUGUAACCUCAUCCUCCUUGGUUCAAGUGAUUUUCCUGUCUCAGCCUCCUGAGUAGAUGGAAUUACAGAAAAUAUAGUAGCAGUCAUGAUAGAAGACAAAGGACCAAGAGUGACAGACUACUUUGUUGUAGCUGGUCUCACUGACACAUCUACUCUUUUGGAUCAAGAAAUAAAUCGUUUAGAUACUAAGUCAACUGGACCUAAAGCUCCAAUUACGGACAUUGCUGUUAUUAUCAAAUCAGCUGGAGAAACAGUACCUGAAGGUUACACCUGUGUGGAAGCUACUCCAUCAGCUCUCCAGGCAAACCUGAAUUAUGGAAGUCUGAAAAGCCCAGAACUUUUCCUCUGUUAUAAGAGAGGGAGAGAUAAACCACCCCUUACAGAUAUUGGAGUUCUAUAUGAAGGGAAAGAACGGCUUAUUCCAGGAUGUGAAGUGAUCCUAGCCACACCCUAUGGUCGCUGUGCCAAUGUCAACAAUAGUUCAACUACUUCACAAAGAAUCUUUAUCACUUAUCGAAGGGCUCCUCCAGUUCGACCCCAGAAUUCCUUGGCUGUAACUGAUAUCUGUGUUAUUGUAACCAGUAAAGGAGAAACUCCUCCUCAUACCUUCUGCAAAGUUGAUAAAAACUUAAAUUGUGGAAUGUGGGGUUCCAGCGUGUUUCUGUGUUAUAAGAAGUCUGUACCUGCUUCAAAUGCAAUAGCAUAUAAGGCUGGUUUAAUUUUUAGAUAUCCAGAAGAGGACUAUAAGUCAUUUCCACUCUCAGAAUCAGAUGUACCUCUCUUCUGCCUUCCUAUGGGAGCCACUAUUGAGUGCUGGGAUCCUGAAACCAAAUAUCCGCUUCCAGUUUUUUCAACUUUUGUGUUGACAGGUUCUUCAGCCAAAAAGGUAUACGGAGCUGCCAUUCAGUUUUAUGAACCUUACCCUCGGGAACUUCUAUCAGAGAAACAGCUUAUGCAGCUGGGCCUGUUGACGCCUGUGGAGAGAAAAAUGGUCUUCAAAUCCAUCAAUACAAACAAAUGCAUUUGUUUACUCUCACACUGGCCUUUUUUUGAAGCUUUUAGGAAAUUUCUUAUGUUUAUCUACAAACUUUCUGUGUCUGGACCACAUCCUCUUCCCAUUGAAAAGCACAUUUCACAUUUUAUACAAAACAUCCCUUUUCCUUCACCACAAAGACCGAGAAUCCUUGUCCAGCUGUCAGUUCACGAUGCAUUAAUAUUAUCACAGCCAGUUUCUACACCUUUACCACUAAGUGGAGCCAACUUUAGCACCUUGCUAAUGAAUCUGGGUCCUGAGAAUUGUGCAACACUGCUGCUCUUUGUUUUACUUGAGAGUAAAAUUCUGCUGCAUUCUCUUAGGCCAGCAGUCUUGACUGGGGUUGCUGAAGCGGUUGUAGCUAUGAUCUUUCCAUUUCAGUGGCAAUGCCCAUAUAUUCCCCUUUGUCCUCUUUCACUGGCUGCAGUGCUUAGUGCACCUUUACCAUUUAUAGUUGGAGUUGACUCAAGGUAUUUUGAUCUUCAUGACCCACCACAAGAUGUUGUUUGCAUUGACUUGGAUACGAACAUGUUAUAUGUAUCAGAUGAAAAGAAGAACAUGAACUGGAAGCAACUUCCCAAAAAGCCAUGUAAAAAUCUACUUAGCACCUUAAAGAAAUUGUAUCCCCAGCUGUCUUCAGUUCACCGAAAAACUCAAGAAGGCUCAGCAAUUGAUAUGACUCCAAUUGAAGCAGAUUUCUCCUGGCAAAAGAAGAUGACACAGCUUGAAAUGGAAAUUCAAGAGGCAUUUUUACGCUUUAUGGCAUCUAUUUUAAAAGGAUAUAGAACAUACCUCAGACCAAUCACAGAGGCUCCUUCAAAUAAAGCCACAGCUGCUGAUUCAUUAUUUGACCGACAGGGAUUUUUAAAAAGUCGAGAUCGUGCCUAUGCAAAAUUCUAUACCCUUUUAUCCAAAACGCAGAUUUUUAUUCGUUUCAUUGAAGAAUGCAGUUUUGUAAGUGAUAAAGAUACUGGAUUAGCAUUUUUCGAUGAUUGCAUAGAAAAGUUGUUUCCUGAUAAAGGCACAGAGAAAACAGAUAAGGUUGAUUUUGAUUCAGCAGAAGAUACCAGAUUGAUAGAACUAGACGAUUCACAGAAAAGUGAACAUACUGUAUUUAUUACGCCACCAGAGCCACCUCCUGAUGAUGGAAAGGUCCUGUCACCAAAGUACAGUUACAAAUACUUUCCAAGACUGGACCUUAAGCUUUUUGACAGACCGCAGGAGUUGAAACUUUGCUUUAGUAGACACCCUACUGGGAAUAGCAUUACAAACAGUCCAGCUCUCAUGGCUAAGAGAACUAAACAGGAAAUAAAAACAGCUCAUAAAUUGGCAAAGAGAUGUUAUACAAAUCCACCACAGUGGGCCAAGUGUCUGUUCAGUCAUUGUUACAGUUUAUGGUUUAUUUGUCUUCCGGCCUAUGUUAGAGUUUCUCAUCCUAAGGUCAGAGCACUUCAGCAGGCAUAUGAUGUACUUAUUAAGAUGAGGAAAACAGAUGUGGAUCCCUUAGAUGAGGUGUGCUAUCGAGUAGUAAUGCAGCUUUGUGGACUUUGGGGUCAUCCUGUUUUAGCAGUGAGAGUCUUAUUUGAAAUGAAAACUGCUAGGAUAAAGCCUAAUGCUAUUACUUAUGGUUAUUAUAAUAAGGUAGUUUUGGAGAGCCCGUGGCCUAGCAGUACCCGCAGUGGUAUCUUCUUAUGGACGAAGGUACGGAAUGUGGUACGUGGCUUGGCACAGUUUAGGCAACCACUUAAAAAGACUGUGCAAAAAUCACAGGUCUCCUCAAUAUCAGCUCCUCAGAAUAUCACAGGUGGAAGUGAUGGAGACACAGUGAGCCACGGUAGCGUGGAUAGUUCUAAUGAUGCUAAUAAUGGGAAGCACACAGUCUUCGUCAGAGAUUUAAUCAGGCUUGAGUCCGUUGAUAAUCACUCUAGCACAGGUGGUCAGUCUGACCAAGGAUAUGGGUCUAAGGAUGAACUUAUAAAGGAUGAUGCAGAAAUUCAUAUGCCUGAAGAACAAGCAGCAAAAGAAUUGAUAACUAAAACAGAAAUGCAAACAGAAGAGGUGUGUGAUGCCUCUGCUAUUGUGGCAAAACAUUCACAACCGAGUCCAGAGCCUCACAGUCCUACUGAACCUCCUGCAUGGGGCAGCAGUAUUGUGAAAGUUCCAUCUGGUAUAUUUGAUAUCAACAGCAGGAAAUGUAGCACUGGUAGUAUAUCAAAUGUGCUGUUUUCUACUCAAGAUCCAGUGGAAGAUGCAGUCUUUGGUGAAGCUACUAAUCUCAAGAAGAAUGGAGAUAGAGCAGAAAAAAGACAAAAGCAUUUUCCUGUGAGGAGUUGUAGUUUUAGUUCUGAAAGUCGAGCAGGAAUGUUGCUUAAGAAGAGUAGUUUGGAUUUGAAUUCAAGUGAAAUGGCUAAUAUGAUGGGAGCAGAUGCCAAGAUUCUCACAGCAGCAGUGACAUGCCCUAAGACUUCUCCACUUCAUAUUGCAAGAACCCAUAGCUUUGAGAAUGUUAGCUAUCACCUCCCUGAUAGUAGGACUUGCGUGUCUGAAAGCACUUGGAAUCCUGGGCAGAGAUCAUCUCCAGUGCCAGAGAUGCUUGAGGAAAGCCAAGAACUCCUUGAGCCUGUGGUUGAUAACAUAGCUAAAACUACUGCAACAGAGGAUACAUAUGAGAGUCUACUAAGUGAUAGUACCAGUAAUCAGUCCAGAGACUUGAAAAUAGGAUCCAGAGAUCUGAAGAAUAAGAGAAGUAGUUUAUAUGGUAUUGCUAAGGCGGUUGAGAGGGAAGAUGUUGAAACCGGUCUAGAUCCUUUGUCUCUUUUAGCCACUGAAUAUACAGGGGAAAAAACUCCUGAUUCCGAAGAUAAGUUGUUUUCUCCAGUUAUUGCACGUAAUCUGGCUGAUGAAAUAGAAAGCUAUAUGAACCUAAAAAGUCCCCUAGGUAGUAAAUCUUCUAGUAUGGAAUUACAUGGAGAGGAAAACAGAGAGUCUGGCAUGACUACUGCAUUUAUUCAUGCUCUAGAGAGGAGAUCAAGCCUACCUUUAGAUCAUGGUUCACCAGCACAGGAAAAUCCUGAAAGUGAAAAGAGCUCACCUGCAGUGUCCAGGUCUAAAACUUUUGCUGGGCGUUUCAAGCAGCAAACCCCCUCUCGAACUCAUAAAGAACAUUCAACUUCUUUGUCAGCGCUGGUGCGUUCUUCGCCGCAUGGCUCACUGGGUUCUGUAGUAAAUUCUUUGUCAGGAUUAAAGCUAGAUAAUAUACUCUCAGGGCCCAAGAUAGAUGUCCUAAAAUCUGGCAUGAAACAAGCAGCGACAGUAGCCAGUAAGAUGUGGGUAGCUGUUGCAUCUGCCUACAGCUACUCAGAUGAUGAGGAAGAAACUAGUAGAGACUACAGCUUCCCAGCUGGCCUUGAAGACCAUAUUUUGGGGGAGAAUGUGUCGCCUAACACAAGUAUCUCAGGGUUGGUCCCCAGUGAACUUACUCAGAGCAACACAAGCCUUGGCAGUAGCAGCAGUAGUGGAGAUGUAGGAAAGCUGCAUUAUCCAACAGGUGAAGUUCCAUUUCCAAGAGGUAUGAAAGGACAAGAGUUUGAAAAAUCAGAUCAUGGUUCUUCUCAAAAUACCAGCAUGUCUAGCAUCUAUCAGAAUUGUGCAAUGGAGGUUUUGAUGUCCAGUUGUUCACAGUGUACAGCUUGUGAAGCUUUAGUCUACGAUGAAGAAAUCAUGGCUGGAUGGACAGCAGAUGAUUCAAAUUUGAAUACAACUUGUCCAUUCUGUAAAAGCAACUUCUUGCCUCUUCUCAAUAUAGAAUUCAAAGAUUUGAGAGGUUCUGCAAGCUUUUUCCUGAAACCAAGUACCUCUGGUGAUAGUUUACAGAGUGGAAGCAUUCCAUUGGCAAAUGAAUCCUUGGAGCACAAACCUGUAUCCAGUUUAGCAGAACCUGACUUGAUCAACUUUAUGGAUUUCCCAAAACAUAACCAGACUAUAACUGAAGAAAUAGGCUCUGCAGUUGAACCAAGUGAUGAAAUAAAGAGAGCCAAUGGAGAUGUCCAAACUAUGAAAAUUUCAUCAGUGCCUAAUAGUUUAUCAAAGCGAAAUGUAUCUUUGACUCGAAGUCACAGUGUUGGAGGCCCCUUGCAGAAUAUUGACUUUACCCAGCGACCAUUUCAUGGCAUUUCAACAGUCAGUCUUCCAAACAGUCUGCAGGAAGUUGUGGAUCCUUUAGGAAAAAGGCCCAAUCCUCCCCCUGUUUCUGUGCCCUACUUGAGUCCUCUAGUGCUUCGUAAAGAACUUGAGUCUUUGCUAGAAAAUGAAGGUGAUCAGGUGAUUCAUACAUCUUCUUUCAUCAAUCAACAUCCAAUCAUUUUCUGGAACCUCGUUUGGUAUUUCAGACGUUUGGACCUUCCUAGUAACUUGCCAGGACUUAUCCUCACAUCUGAACAUUGUAAUGAAGGUGUACAGCUUCCUCUGUCAUCUCUGUCCCAGGAUAGCAAACUUGUAUAUAUUCAGCUGUUAUGGGAUAAUAUCAACCUUCACCAGGAACCAAGAGAACCUCUGUAUGUCUCUUGGAGGAAUUUUAAUUCUGAAAAGAAAUCAUCUCUCCUGUCAGAGGAACAACAAGAAACAAGCACUUUAGUAGAAACCAUCAGGCAGAGUAUUCAGCAUAAUAACGUUCUUAAACCCAUCAACCUGCUUUCACAACAGAUGAAGCCAGGCAUGAAAAGGCAAAGGAGUUUAUACAGAGAAAUCCUCUUCUUAUCAUUAGUGUCUCUAGGAAGAGAGAAUAUUGAUAUUGAGGCCUUUGACAAUGAAUAUGGAAUUGCAUACAACAGUCUGUCUUUGGAGAUUCUUGACAAGUUACAGAAAAUUGAUGUUCCACCAAGUGCCAGUGUGGAGUGGUGCAGGAAGUGUUUUGGAGCGCCUCUCAUUUAAAUAUUCACUAGAAUUUUGACAUACAAGGCUUAGGGAUUAUAUUUAAUCUGGAAACAUUCAAAGUUUUUUUCCAAAUCCUAAUAUGAAAACAGAAAUGAAGUAACUCUUGGGGAUAACAUAUAAUGAAUUAUGAUUCAUAUUGCAUCAUCUUAAAAUAUGAAAUGCCAUUUAAAUGUCCCAGGCAGGCCUUGUUGACAUUGAAGAUUUUCAACUCCUGGACUGUUUUUCUGCCUCUGUGGAAAACUACUUUAGGAUUCCUCAGUGUUUGUAGUAGUUUGAUAGAAAUAGUGAGGAACCAUAUUCAUUCUAGGCAUUGUUUAUAUUUGAAGUUACUGAGUUUGGGGAAUGGCAAAUUAAAUUUGCCUAACCCCCAAAACAAAUGAAAUGUCUCAAUUAUAAGAGUAACAUGGCUGGGCAUGGUGGCCUAGGCCUGUAAUCCCAGUACUUUGGAUCACUUGAGGCCAGGAAUUCAAGACCAGCCUGAGCAACAUGGUGAAAGCCUGUCUCUACUAAAAAUACAGAAAUUAGCUAGACAUGGUGGCGCCCCACCUGUAGUCCCAGUUACUUGGGAGGCUGAGGCAGGAGAAUCACUUGAACCCGGGAGGCAGAGGCUACAGUGAGCAGAGAUCACGUCACUGCACUCCAGUUUGGGUGACAGAGUGAGACUGUCUCAAAAAAAGAGAGCAACACAUUUGUGUGUGUGUAUAUGUGUAGGGCUGUGUAGGUUAUAUGUAUAUACAGCCAUAUUCUAAGUAUUUAUUAAAAUAGAUUGUAUGUUGCAAUACAAUUUUCUGAAGGGGGUCUCAUUUUGAUGAGAGCUGACUUCUGUGACUUUAUUAGGUUGGUGCAAAAGUAAUAGAGGUUUUUGCCACUAUUAAUGGCAAAAAUUGCAAUUACUUUUGCACCAACAUAAUACACUUUUCAUAUUAUAUAUUAUCUUGCUUAAUGAAUUUUAUCUUGACUAUCCAGUUACUUCCAUCCUCUUCCCAAUAUUUAAAUUUGUAAUACCUUUUUAAAACGGGAUCAAAUCAAUCAAUCAUCAGAUAGUUAAAAUGAAAAUAAAUCAGCUGCCUAAUAAUUCACAAAAUUAAUUAGAACAUGCUUAAAAUGCUACAGUGUACGUCACUGAACAUAAAUUCUUUGUUCAGGCACAUACAUUGUUGGUAUUGAUUUUUAAAACCUGUGGGAUAAACUUGCACUGCACACAGAAGUUUUAUUCUUGUAUAAUAUUUAGAUUUGUAUGCUUGUGAGUAAAAAUGUGCAUUUGUAAAUACUGUUUUUUAGUUUGAAUCAAUUAAGUCUUAAAAUUUUAAAUUAAGCUUGUUAGCAGUAGGUUUAAGAAAAUCAUGAUCUCAUAUGCCGCACUUUGACAUUUAUCAUGGCUUUUGUUAAAACUAUCCCUUAGAAACAGUAAGUUUGCCUUAACUCUCUGCAUGAUUUUAAAAGCCAGUGGUUUUGUGUGUUUACAGUAAUUAUGUAGAUGACUAAAUCAGUUGACAUGGUAAAAUUACUUCCAUAUGGUACAGUAACAGCAUAACUCCCUUCUACCUAAUGUAACCAUUUACAAAUUAUUGUACCAGACUUUGAACAUUUCAGGGUUAAUCUGACCUAUGCAGAAUUUUAGUGUGAAUUUAUUGUGAAAAUGCUAAAUAACUUUUCAGAAAUUAUGUACAAUUUUCAUUACCUUCAUAAUGGAUCUUUUGCACUGCCUCAGAGUAUAUAUUUUUGCAACUUAAGACUUGGUACUAGUUGUAAUACUUAACACUUAGUGACCCAAUAGAAAGUUUGGAAUUACUUUGCAUAUAGAAAUUGAGGUUGAAUAAAUUAAGUUUGCUGUGUUUUGUUA